AUGUAUGCACUCAUGUUGUUCUUGCUGCACACCUUGGUCUUCGACUUUUAUGUGAAGAAAUCCUUCCCGUAUGAUCUUGCUAUUUCAUUAAGUAUGUUGGCCUACGGCAUUCUCGGUCAGGAGGUUCCCGUUAGUGUCCGCUAUAAAACUGGGCUUGGGCUGACGGGUCUUCGUGGGGGUCUUGAUGGUGAUCUUGAUGAUGCGAGAACGUUCCAUGGACACAUCGUUAAUUCGGGAAGAAGUCAACAGAAAUCUGGCGAUACAGUUGUCUUCAAAGAGAAUAUUGCGUUAGACGUUAUCCGAGAUGGAAUGUCAAACAUGAGGAAAACGCUUAAGCGUCAAUACAUCCCAGAACAGAACGUCAGCGGUAACAUUUUGGCAACAGCCCUGUAUAUGUCUUCAACAGAAGACAUGAUAUACAGAGAAGAAGUCCUGUCGGACGGAAAAGUGAUUUCUUACGCUCUUUUGCACAACAAUGAUAGCUUGGAUUACAUCAACGCAGACGGUAAAAUUCUGGAACUUUCGGUGGAUCCCGAUGCGUUCACUGAUUACAUAACUCCUCCACCAGUUGCAAACAACACGGACGACCGAGUCAUCGACACUUUGCCUUUGAGAAAACCACGAAUCAGACGAGCUUUAUCUGACCAGCUGACGGGGGCCGCUGUCAUCAAACUUAUUUUGUUUAUAGAUAAAGCGGCUAUUGAUAAGUUUAUGCCACUCAAUAGCGAUGAAAACGCUGCACGGGAAGACUUAAAGAGAUUCUUCACGCUGGUUGUCAAUGAGAUGACUGUUAUGUACCAAACAUUGAAGACAUACGUGGGCGUGGGAUACACGCGAGGAACUGUAACGGAACCUUUGCAGAAUUUCGCUGUUCAGCUUGUAGAUGUGCAGUUUCCGGCGAUGGGUAGCAAUUUCCAAUUUUCGGCCAAUAACGAUAUACAAGUGCAGGCUGGACUGGACGCCUUUAGGACAUUUAUAGCUUCCUAUAACUCUAUGGGAAUAGCAUAUGAUCACGCUGCUUGGAUUUCAGGGAACGAUCUGGUUUCAGGAUCGAACCGUGGUGUUGCGGGUAAGUACACUAUUGCCUGUUAG